UUCCCCGCUGCCGCUGCUCGGAAGGUGGUGCUGAAACCAUAUAGAUCUCGCUCUGUUACCUCUACCACCGCCGACAUUUGCAGCCAUUUUACACAAGCCGAACGGAAUCAUGUCGUGAGGCAUCACAUCACCUGGGACGACCGGACCCAGCUACGUCUGGACGGCGACAAGUCGACAAGAUGGUGAAGCGGAAAAGCCUGGAUGAGACCGACACGGAGUGCGGCAAGGGUAUACCGUUCCCGAUCCAGACCUUCUUAUGGAGGCAGACCAGCGCGUUUCUGAGGCCGAAGUUGGGGAAACAAUAUGAGGCAUCUUGUGUGUCCUUUGAGCGGGUGCUGGUGGAGAACAAGCUCCACGGGCUCUCCCCGGUGCUGUCCGAGGCCAUCCAGAGCAUCUCUCGCUGGGAGCUGGUCCAGGCCGCCCUGCCCCACGUACUCCACUGCACCGCCAUCCUGCUCUCUAACAGGAACAAGCUGGGUCACCAGGACAAGCUGGGCGUGGCGGAGACCAAGCUGCUCCAUACCCUCCACUGGAUGCUACUGGAAGCGGCCCAGGAGUGCAACCAGGAGCCCAGCCUGGGCCACGGAUGGUCGGGGGGCAGCAGCAGCUCAGCCUUCCUCCAGCCAAUGGGGAUUGGGAACCAGGGUUCCCCGCCAGCCAGAGGUGGCCAAGGUGGCCCAGGAUCAGGCACCGGUUCUGGGUCAGGAGCGCCACGCUGCAGCGGGUCCCUGGAGGAGGAUGAGCACGCCCGCACCAAGCUCUUCCACAAGAGCAUGGCCACCGUGGAGCUGUUUGUCUUCCUCUUUGCUCCCCUCAUUCACCGCAUCAAGGAGUCUGACCUGACUUUCCGAUUGGCCAGUGGUCUCAUCAUAUGGCAGCCAAUGUGGGAGCACCGGCAACCUGACGUCCCCGCCUUCUCUGCCCUCAUCAAGCCUGUGAGGAACAUUGUGACAGCCAAGAGGAACUCCCCGGUGAACAACCAGUGUAGCCCCUGUGGGUCCAGAAACCAAGGCCCCAUGGGUUUCCAGGUGGUCUGUGAAACGGCCCAAUCAGAUUCAUCCUCCCCUGGGGCUGGAGAGCAGAGCUGUCGCCGCGGCAACUCAGUGGAGAGAGGUGGGCCGUCAACGCGACAGGCUCCACUCGACAAAGGGAUCGCCAAGAAGAAGACCUCUGCCCCGGCGGGGAUCUCCGUCUCCCUGGCCCAGCGUGCCCGCUACGCCACCUACUUUGACGUGGCAGUCCUGCGCUGCCUGCUGCAGCCCCACUGGACGGAGGAGGGGGUGCACUGGGCCCUCAUGUUCUACCUGCAGCGCCUGCGUCAGAUCCUGGAGGAGCGCCCGGAACGCCCGCCGGAGCCACUGGUCCCGCCCCUGCCCCGCCCUCGUAGCAGCUCCAUGGUGGCCACCGCCCCCUCUCUCGUCAACACCCACAAGACUCAGGACAUGAGUCUGAAAUGCAACGAGGAGGAUAAGUCCCUCAGUUCAGAGACCUUCUCUAAGGUGUCCCUGACCAACCUGCGCAGACAGGCUGUACCCGACCUUUCCUCUGACCUGGGGAUGAACCUCUUCAAAAAGUUCAAGAACCGGCGGGAGGACCGUGAGCGUAAGGGCUCCAUCCCGUUCCACCACACGGGCAAGAAGCGCCAGCGCCGCAUGGGUGUGCCCUUCCUGCUUCACGAGGACCACCUGGACGUGUCACCCACCCGAUCCACCUUCUCCUUCGCCAGCUUCUCUGGCGACGACCGGCGGGCGCUGGAGCGCGGGGGCUGGCAGGCUACCAUCAUGGGUAAGUUGACGCGGCGAGGGAGCUCAGACACGGCUGCAGACACAGACAACCUGAGUGCUAAACACUCACACUCCCAUCACUCCCUGCUCAGAGAAAUGCCAGACCACUCCAACAGCCACGGAGACAACACCGUUCACGCCAAGGGGGAGGUGCGUUCACAGAUUUCCACCAUCACCAUGGCGACGUUCAACACCACAGUGGCGUCCUUCAACGUGGGCUAUGCCGACUUCUUCACCGAGCACAUGAAAAAGCUGUGUAACCCUGUACCCAUCCCAGAGAUGCCCCACGAGACGCUGGCGUGCGCCAACCUGCCCCGGAGCUUCACCGACUCAUGCAUCAACUACUCGUGCCUGGAGGAGGGAGACAACAUCGAAGGCACCAACAACUUCAUCCUGAAGAAUGGCAUGCUGGACCUUACGGCCAUCCUGCGGGCGGUCUACGCCGUGCUGACCCACGACAUCAGCUCACGGAUCUGUGACGUGUCGCUCAACAUCAUCGACUGCCUGCUGCAGCUGGGGGUGGUGCCGGGCAUGGGAAAGAAGCUCUCCAAGCCCGACGACAAGGAGAACGAUGAGACACGCCUCCCGAAGGAGGGGGCCAAUCAGAGCCUGAGCGGCGCCCAAGGGGGCGUGUCUGGAGGGUGCAGCGGGGCGGCACCAGGGGGAGGGGGUGGAGGAGGAGGAGGGGAUGGAGGAGGAGGAGGUGGGGGAAGUGGAGGAGGGAGCGGAGGAGGGAGCAAGGACGACGUGAAGAACAACAAGGAGAAAGACAGCAAGGAGGACGGCUCUUCACUGAGUACCCACAGGCUAGCUCUCACCAUGCUGAUCAAGAUGGUCAAGUCUCUGGGUUGUGCCUACGGCUGUGGGGAGGGCCACAGAGGACUCUCAGGGGACCGCCUCCGCAUGCAGGCCCAGAACUGCCUGACCAACCUGUACAAGCUGGACAAGCUGCAGUUCCGUCAGACCAUGAGGGACUACGUCAACAAGGACUCGCUCAACAACAUCGUGGACUUCCUGCACGCACUCCUGGGCUUCUGCAUGGAGCCCAUCACCAACAAGUACGGCAGUGCAGGUGAGAGGUCCAGGAGGGUGAAAAAAAGAACCAUCGAUAAGGCCGGGUUCGGGAACAACUUCACCACGGGGGACAACAAGUCACUGGCCCAGAACAUGGAGGCAGUGGUGGUGGGCUGCAUGUUCAAGUCUCUGAUCACUCGCUGCGCCUCCACCACACACGAGCUGCAUAGCCCUGAGAACCUGGGUCUGUACUGUGACAUCCGCCAGCUGGUGCAGUUCAUCAAGGAGUCCCAUGGCAACGUGUUCCGCAGGGUGGCACUGAGCGCACUCCUGGACUCGGCCGAGAAAGUGGCCACCACCAAGAAGCCAGAGGAGAAGGAGGAGCCUAUCACCAAACCUACAGCAUCCAGGAGGUCAGAGGCAGGUGUGUCUGGGGAAAAGGGAGGGCAGCCGUCCACCGCUGCAGACGAGUGCCGCAGCUGCAUAUCCAGCCGCCCCCCCCAGACACCAGAGCAUGAUGAACAGAUUCCGGGGGCUCUGCUGGGCAAGAAGGACUUCUGGAGGAAGAUGUUCAAGUCACAGAGUGCUGCCAGCGACACCAGCAGCCUAUCAGAGCAGGACACGUCGGAGUGCACCACCGCCCACUCGGGCACCACCACGGACCGACGAACCCGCUCACGCUCCCGACGCAUCUCCCUGCGCAAGAAGCUCAAGCUGCCCAUCGGUAACUGGCUUAAACGGUCAUCUCUCUCUGGGCUGACCGACGGGGUCGAGGACUUGUUGGACAUCAGCUCUGUGGACCGACUCUCCUUCAUCCGCCAGAGCUCCAAGGUGAAGUUCACCAGCAACGUGAAGCUGUCAGAAGCAGGCGGGGGAGCGGGGGGCGUGGAGUACGGCCGGGACGAGGAGGAGAAUUUCUUCAAGCGGCUCGGUAAAUGGCGGUCUGGCAGGCGGAACCCAUCCAAGCUUCACCACACAGAAGAGAAAGAUGGGCCCCAGGGGUUCCAGGAGCGCCUGGCAGCCAGCCAGGAAGCCAUGAAGAACAAGAACGUGGUGAACCUGGCCGCCAUCCGCCAGGGCAUGAAACGCUUCCAGUUCCUGUUGAACUGCUGCGAGCCAGGCACCAUCCCUGACGCAUCCAUCCUGGCCGCUGCGCUCGACCUGGAAGCUCCCGUGGUUGCCAGAGCCUCCCUGUUCCUGGAGUGCGCCCGCUUUGUCCAUCGUUGUAACCGUGGCAACUGGCCCGAGUGGAUGAAGGGUCACCACGUUAACAUCACCAAGCGGGGUCUUUCUCGGGGACGCUCGCCCGUGGUGGGAAACAAGAGGAACCAGAAGCUCCAGUGGAAUGCAGCCAAGCACUUCUGUCAAUGGGGAGAUGCCAUUGGUACGCGUCUCAGUGAGCUGUGCCACUCAGACAGCGAGAGUCCUGCCAACAUCCUGGGUUUCAUCUACGACGAGGAGACCAAGCGAAGAUUGAGAAAGGAGGACGAGGAGGAGGACUACUUAGACGACAAUACAGUCAACCCAACAAAAUGUGGCUGUCCUUUCGCUCUCAAGAUGGCCGCCUGCCAGUUGCUGCUGGAGAUCACCACGUUCCUCAGAGAGACAUUCCCCUGCCUCCCCCGGCCACGCACAGAGCCCCAAGUGGAUUUGGAGAGCUGUCGAUUGAGGCUGGACCCUGAGCUGAGUCAGCACCGUUAUGAGAGGAAGAUCAGCUUUGCCGGUAUCCUAGACGACGAGGACGGCCACGACUCUCUGAACAGCAGCAGCCACACACUCAAGUCGGACACGGCCUGCGACGACAAGAAGGCCCAGGAGCCUCUGGCUCCCAUCAGGAAGAAUCGUGCCGGGGGCUCUCGCCUGCUGCAGAUCAAGGGGGCCAGGAGUUUCAGGGUGAAGAAGGGGGGCUCUCUGUCUUCCAUCCGCCGGGCCGGCAGCCUGAAGAGCACCAAGAUGUCCCGCCAAGACUCAGAGUCAGAGAACGAGGAGGGACUGCUGUCCCAGAGCAGGGACACUGUCACUGAUAUAGGAAGUCCAUGGAGCACCAGUGAACCCAGUAUUGAGCCAGAGGGUUCAGGAGGCACCGGCGGAGGAGAGGACAACUACCACCGUAACAUGUCCUGGCUACAUAUCAUGAUUCUGCUGUGCAACCAGCAAAGUUUCAUCUGUACCCACAUGGAGUUCUGCCACCCACGCUGCUACCAGCACCACAGCCGCUCCUGUGCCCGCCUGGUGCGUGCCAUCAAGCUGCUCUACGGGGAGACAGUGGACAGCCUGAGAGAAGACAGUGCAGGGAACAUCAGUAGCCGGUCCAAGAAAAACAAGGAGUGGUCAGACAAGUCAUGUCUGAGGACCCCGUCUAUGAAGAGACGCCCCAAAGACUCCAACACCGAGGGCAAGAAGGACACGGGCAUGCUCAAGUACAUCCGCAACCAGGUGAUGAGCCUGUCCCCAGCUCCUCUGUCACUGCUGAUCAAGGCGGCGCCCAUCCUGACAGAGGACAUGUACGCGGACGUCCAGCCUGCAGCCUGGGAGCUCCUGCUGAGUGUGGACGAGCAUAUGGCUGCCGCUGCAGCUGCCAUGUUCUUGCUGUGUGCGGUGAAGGUGCCCGACGCAGUGACAGAGAUGAUGAUGGCUGAGUUCCAGCACGCUGAGGCGAGCCAGCGCAUCAACUCGGUGUUCAAGUUCUACACGCUGUGGCGCUUCCGCUACCAGGUGUGGCCGCGCAUGGAGGAGGGUGCCCAGCAGAUCUUCAAGAUCCCUCCGCCCAGCAUCAACUUCACCCUGCCCUCACCUAUCCUGGGCAUGCCCUGUGUGCCCAUGUUUGACCCGCCCUGGGUACCCUCCAACACUGGCAGCGUCCAAGACCCAAUCAACGAGGACAACUCUAAAUCUUUCUCGGCGCGGGCCGUGUCGCGCUCCCACCAGCGUGCCGAGCACAUCCUGAAGAACCUGCAGCAGGAGGAGGAGAAGCGGCGUCUUGGGCGCGAGGCCAGCAUCAUCACAGCCAUCCCCGUGGCCCAGGAGGCCUGCUACGAACCCACCUGCAGCCCGCCGCCCGAGCAGGAGGAGGAAGCAGAAGAAGAGGUCAACCUGGCGUCUCGCCGCAUGUCCGUCACUCCGUCCUGCACCUCCAGUAACUCUCACAGGAACUACUCCUUCCGCCGCGGCUCCGUGUGGUCAGUCCGCUCCAUGGUCAGCGCCGAGGAUGAGGAGAACACUACGGAGCACACACCCACUCAUCACAUGCUGCAGCCUCCCCAGGCCGUCUUCCCAGCAUGCAUCUGUGCUGCCGUCUUACCCAUAGUGCACCUGAUGGAGGACGGGGAGGUGCGAGAGGACGGUGUGGCAGUGAGUGCAGUGGCCCAGCAUAUCCUGUGGAACUGUCUGAUCGAAGACCCCGCCCUGGUGCUCAGGCACUUCCUGGAGAAGCUCACCGUUAGCAAUCGACAGGAUGAGCUGAUGUACAUGCUGAGGAAGCUGUUGAUGAACAUCGGUGACCUCCCGGCCCAGACCUCUCACAUCCUCUUCAACUACCUGGUGGGGCUGAUUAUGUACUUUGUGCGUACUCCGUGUGAGUGGGGUAUGGAUGCCAUCUCGGCCACGCUGACCUUCCUGUGGGAGGUGGUGGGCUACGUGGAGGGGCUCUUCUUCAAGGACCUCAAACAGACCAUGAAGAAGGAGCAGUGUGAGGUCAAGCUGCUGGUCACUGCAUCCAUGCCAGGAACCAAGACCCUGGUAGUGCACGGGCAGAAUGAGUGUGACAUUCCUACCCAGUUGCCUGUACAUGAAGACACUCAGUUUGAAGCCUUGCUCAAGGAGUGUUUGGAGUUCUUCAACAUUCCCGAGUCUCGGUCGGCACACUACUUCCUCAUGGACAAGCGCUGGAACCUCAUUCACUAUUCCAAGACCUUUGUGAGGGACAUCUAUCCGUUCAGGAGGUCUGUGUCUCCCCAGCUCAACCUGGUCCACAUGCUGCCAGAGAAAGGACAGGAACUCAUUCAGAAACAGGUGUUUUCCCGUAAACUGGAGGAGGUGGGCCGUGUUCUAUUCCUCAUCUCCCUGACCCAGAACAUGCCGGCCAUCCACAAACAGUCCCAUGUGUCCAUGCUCCAAGAAGACCUGCUCCGCCUGCCCUCCUUCCCCCGCACGGCCAUCGACGGAGAGUUCUCUCUCUUCAGCGAGCCACAGGGCAAGGAGCUCUUCGGCCUGGACACUCUCCACAAAGUCCUGUGGAUCAAACUACUAGAAGAGAUGUUUCUGGGCAUGCCCAGUGAGUACCCGUGGGGGGACGAGAUCAUGCUCUUCCUGAACGUGUUCAACGGCGCCCUGCUGCUGCACCCCGAGGACAGCGCCCUCCUCAGGCAGUACACGGCUACUGCCAUCAACACAGCCGUCCACUUCAACCACCUGUUCUCCCUGAGUGGAUACCAGUGGCUCCUCCCCACCAUGCUGCAGUCCUAUGCUGACUAUGAAAGUAACCCACUGCUGAGACAGGGGAUAGAGUUCUGCGUCAGACAGUUCUACAUCCUGCACCGUAAACCCUUCAUCCUCCAGCUGUUUGCCAGCGUGGCCCCACUGCUGGAGUUCACAACGUGCACCAGUACAGGCCUGUCUAAGGGGGUGUCUGCUCAGUGCCUGUUUGACCUGCUGGUCUCUCUGGAGGGAGAGACGCGUGAUACCCUGGAUGCCCUGGAGCUGGUCAAGGCUGAGAAACCCCUACGAUCCCUGGACUUCUGCUAUGGUAGUGAGGACCUGGCCUUCUCCAUCAGUGAGUCCAUCAAGCUGUGUGUGACGGUGGUGGCCUACGCCCCAGAGUCUGUCAGGAGCCUACAGAUGCUGAUGGUGCUGGAGGCCCUGGUGCCGUGUUUUCUCCAGAAGCUGAAGAGCAACACCAUGACCAUGGAGUCAGCCUCGGCAGCGCGGGACGAGAUCGCCGCCAUUGCCGCCCUGGCCACCUCCCUGCAGGCCCUGCUCUACAGCUCAGAGACCCUCACACGGCCUAUGACUGCCCCCCAGUUGAGUCGCUGUGACCAGGGACACAAAGGUGCCACGACUGCCAACCACGCCAUGUCUGGAGGGCCCAACACCAGUCGCCUUGUGUCCGGCAUCAGGGACAACCUUCACCUGCUGGAGGAGGGCCAGGGGAUGCCUCGCGAGGAGCUGGACGAGCGUAUCGCCCGUGAGGAGUUUCGCCGGCCCCGGGAGUCCCUCCUGAACAUCUGCACUGAGUUCUACAAGCACUGCGGCCCGCGCCUCAAGAUCCUGCAGAACGUGGCCGGGGAACCCCGUGUCACCGCCUUAGAGCUGCUGGACAUCAAGUCCCACAUGAGAUUGGCAGAGAUCGCCCACUCCCUCCUCAAGCUGGCCCCCUACGACAGCCUGACCAUGGAGAGCCGAGGCCUGCGGCGCUACGUCACUGGGAUGCUGCCCAUCACCGAUUGGUCAUCCGAGGCCGUGCGGCCCGCCCUCAUCCUCAUCCUGAAGCGGCUUGACCGCAUGUUCAACAAGAUCCACAAGAUGCCUACGCUCAGGUGCGCUCGCCCACAGGCUCUGUGCUCCAGGAGACAGGUGGAGUGGGAGGCGGCCAGUAGUCUGAUUGAAGGUAUCUGUCUGACUCUCCAGCGUCAGCCAAUCAUCUCCUUCCUCCCUCACCUUCGCUCCCUCAUCAACGUCUGUGUCAACCUGGUGAUGGGGGUAGUAGGCCCCUCCAGUGUGGCUGAUGGGCUGCCCCUGCUCCACCUGAGCCCGUAUCUGUCCCCCCCUCUACCCUUCAGCACGGCAGUGGUCCGCCUGGUGGCUCUGCAGAUACAGGCUUUGAAGGAUGACUUCCCCCUGAGCCAUGUGAUCUCCCCCUUCACCAAUCAAGAGAGGCGAGAGGGCAUGCUGCUCAACCUGCUGAUUCCAUUCGUGCUGACAGUGGGUUCAGGGAGCAAAGACUCCCCACACCUGGAGCAGCCUGAGGUCUCUCUGCUCCUGCAGACGGUCAUCAACAUCCUCCUCCCCCCGCGCAUCAUCAGCACGUCCCGGACCAAGAACUUCAUGCUGGACACCUCCCCCGCCCACUGCUCCACCCCGGGGGACCAGGGCAAGGACCUGAGGAGAGAGGGCCUGGCCGAGUCCACCAGUCAGGCUGCAUACCUGGCUCUAAAAGUGGUGUUGGUGUGUUUUGAGCGGCAGCUGGGGAACCAGUGGUAUCGCCUCAGCCUGCAGGCCAAGGAGAUGUCUCUGAGGAAGGUGGGAGGCCUGGCCUUCUGGGACUUCAUAGAUUUCAUAGUGCGUACUCGGAUUCCCAUCUUCGUCCUGCUGCGCCCCUUUAUCCAGUGCAAGCUCCUGACCCAGCCAGCUGACUCCCAGGAGGAGAUCACAGCCCGCCACCACAUCGCUGACCAGCUGGAGCGGCGCUUCAUCCCCCGCCCCCUCUGCAAGAGCUCCCUGUUCGCAGAGUUCAACAACGAGCUGAAGAUCCUCAAGGAGGCCGUGCACAGUGGCUCUGCGUACCAGGGCAAGACGUCCAUCAGUACAGUGGGCACGUCCACCUCUGCCUACCGCCUGUCGCUGGCCACCAUGUCCCGGUCCAACACGGGCACGGGCACAGUGUGGGAGCAGGAAAGCCAGCCGUCACGCCAGCCCUCUCAGGACACGCUGAGCCGCACCGACGAGGAUGACGAACAGGAAGAGAAUGACUCUAUCAGUAUUCCCAGUGUGGUGAGUGAACAUGAGGUCUUCCUGCCCAGGCUCAUCACCCAGCGACGCUUCUCUAGUCACGCCACGGGCAGUGCCCAGCCUGAACCCAGCACCCGCAGCACCAUGCUGCCCAGCCACAGUGAACCCAAUGUGCUUGAUGAGUCUCAAGGACUGGAAGAGGGUAACCUGUCUAGGGUGGCCAGUGUGCAGAGUGAACCAGGCCAGCAGAACUUCUUGAACCAACCUCCGCUGGGACGCAAUAGAGGACUGAGACAGUUGCGACGCCCCCUGCUGUCUCUUCCGAAGAGUGAGGCGCGAGGACCAGGUCGCUCUGGAGCCCGACUCUCCACCACCCGCAGGAGCAUCCAGCCCAAGAACAAACCUCUGGAAACUUUAUUGGACUGCGAAGCAACCCACGGGUGGGACCAGAAAAGGGUGGUCACCUUCACGGAGGGCCAGCAGGCUCAGGCAAAGUCCCCCGACCCCGGUGGCGCCAAUGCGCACCCAGAGGGCAGGAAGGCCAGCCCGGCCCCUGCCAUCGCUCCCCCUGCUGCCCCUGGGGCCUCAUCCUCAGCCACCAUCAAAGCUGACCUCCACAGCCCUGCCAAGAAACAGUUAUCGAUGGAGAGCAAGGAGAAACGAGAACAGUGGGGCCUCCGCAGCAGCCUCUCUCCUCGGCCCUCCAUCUCCCGCGCCUCCACCCCCACCCCACCCUCCUCCUGCUCUCCUCUCCCUCCUCCACCUCUCCCCAUCUCUCGCACCUGUUCUCCCCUCCCCCCUCUGCCGAUCCUGGGGAUCCAACCCCCCGCUGCCCCCACCCACCUCUUCCAUCCUGGUCCGUCCUCCCAUCAGACCCCCGAGAGCCCCGAGGACGAGGACACGACUGCUCUGCUGGGGAGGAACGCAGACACCCUCCUCCACAUUUCAGAGGACAAUGGGGGCACAGAGAACCCCCUGCUCGCCCCCCUGCUCUCCCCCCGCCGCUCACCCGCCCUGCCCCCCCGCCGCUCCCCCCUCCCCAUCUCCCCAGUCGACCUGGACCUGGAUGAGUCCCACGUCUGA